AUGACGUCUCCGAACCAGGAAGAGCGAGAAAUACGGACCUCCGAAACUGAAUCUACGGAUCUUUCGCUGCCCUCCAUACACUCUUCACCCUUCCUGUUAGAUCACCACACGGGUUUCGAUGAAUCAUCACCGGCUCCAGCUCUCUACGACACCUCUAGAGUGAGCCUAGAAGAAGUAACAUGUGUGGUUGACAAUAUGGCUGCUCAUAAGGCAGUCCCCCUAUCGAUUGAGGUGGACUCAAUGGAUCCACACAUUAAACCCAUUGCAUCCGAGUCUGUUCAGGAACGUAAAGACUCUAAGAGCAUUGGGUUCUAUCCUAUAUGCAAGGCGUGGGUUUUUGAAAUUGUCUCUGUCAUACUCGGUAUCUUGCUGUUUCUCGCAAUCGUCAUGGCUUUUACACAAUUGAACGGUAAAAGCCUACCAAACUGGCCACUAGCCAUAACGCUAAACACUCUCGUUGCAUUUCUCACCAUGAGCUCCAAAGCUGCUCUUACAGUUCCAGUAUCCGUCGCGAUCAGUCAGGCCCAAUGGAACUGGUUCCAGCAAGAGCGACCGCUCUAUGACUUUCAUACAUUUGACCAGGCCAGCAGAGGAGCCUGGGGCUCACUGGUAUUCCUGAAGCGAAUCCACUUCAAACACUUUGCCAGUAUCGGGGCUUUUCUCAUGGUUGUGAGCCUCUUCACUUCUCCUAUUACUCAACUCGCAAUCAGCUAUCCGAUUAGAAGUAUAGUUGUUGAAGGGAGCGCCAAUGUUGGCAUCGUUCCUUUGAUUUUAUUCACCAGAGAUUCAUUUCAUCUUUCCGUCAUGCGAGCACUUGUUUUAUCAACAGCAUUGGAUACGGAUCGAUUUUCAACCCCUAUUGAGCCCAAGGGAGCUUCCUGCUCUACCGGAAAUUGUACAUUUGAUACAUAUGCGUCACUAGGUGUCUGCCUAAAAACAACCAACAUCUCUUCACAGUUGCAUAUCGAGCAACUACAAGAUGAUGCCCCAACAGGCUUUGGGCUUUACGAUGCCUGGCCGAAAUUCCCUAUCAUAUUCCCUGGGGCAGGGGAGGUAUGGAAGGCCUUUAUCCCUGGGGGUCCAGUUCUCGUAAGCCAAACUGGCUUUGACUCAGUUUUGGCCAUGUUGAACAGAAGUGAAAGCAUUGGUUUCCGCAAUAGCGGUGACUUGAUGCAAACAAAGAUUCUUUCUCUGGUGCUUAUCUACACGAAGCCCAUUAUUCCCUCUAGUCUUUUCGAAAAUGGCACACAGCCAGAUACGGACAUGAUAUUAAAAUCAACCAAUGGAUUCCAGUUCGAGGCUUUGGAGCUCUUCUUCCAUCUUUGCGUUCACACAUACAACACAACUGUUCGAAGGGGUAAGGAGACCACUCGAGUAGAGCAGUCCGUGUCCCAGCCUCUUAGAAAAGAGCCCGGUGCAUUUCUAGAUCUUGUUUGCAGUUCAUUGGUCAUCGAGAUGGGUAGGGACUGCCAAGUGAACAAAUCACGGUACAACGAAACAUUAUAUUUAAAAGCUCCUUUCAUCAACAGUCAUGGCACAAACAGUUCUAUGGACGACAAACAUUUCGGUAUCGAUUACCAAUCCAUAGAGACUAUGGGUGAGGACAUGGCAGUUUCACUCCAAGGCUACACAGGCAGGUAUUACAACCCCCAAGCGGAUCGCUCUGGCACCAUUAAUUUAGGGAAGGAGUUUCAAUAUCAUAUUUACACAGAUGCCUUGUUCUCUAUAGACUCCUUACGAAACACAUCUGAGCGAGAUAACCGAGUGUCAAACGUCUUUACAAACGUUGCCACGGUCUUAUCAUCCAUGAUACGUGACCCUAACUCCGGCUUUGCUUCUGAGCACGUCUCAAACUUCACUGGACAGAACUGGAAAGACGAGUCUUAUGUGCAUAUAAACUGGGGGUGGAUUUCAUUCCUGGCUGUAGAGAACGCGCUUGCGGCUGGUUUUGUGGUCCUUACAAUGAUAUCUCAAUCAAGGCGUCGAAGAACGCACAAGAGGGAGAAUGUUCUGGUUUAUGAGGAUGCUAAAGACUCCUCACUAGCCACACUCGUCGCUUUGGGGGACCAGUGCCGUCAGAGGAUGGGUGGUGGGCUGAGACCUAUUGAGGAGCUUGAGAAGGCCGCAAAGGACCUGCGGGUGAGGCUUGACACCCAGGAAGUUGUUCCCGCCGAAAGCUCGUGA